CGAUUCAUUUGUACGACAACUCUAGCGCUGCGCUGUCCGGUGCUGGUACUCUGCGUGCCAAUCAACAGCCUUGCGCCUCCACCCCUCGCCUGUCGUCCGCCACCGCCGCCGCUUCUAAGUUGGUGGUCGUUACUGACUAUAUACAUUUUAGCGUUCGGGAUAAUAGCUACAAUAUUACUAUGUGCAUAUUAUAAACAAAGUUAAACUAACACAUUGAUUUCGACCCAGCAGACUUGCAGUGUGUUUUUGUAUUAAUAAGAGGAUUGUGCAUUAUUACUAUUAUCAAAAAUUGAUUGUCAAAAAGAAUUACAUUGAAUAUUCGUAAAAUGGUUGCUACUCGACAACAGUGCAGUGGUAGCUCAGCUUCUGGUUCUACCAGUAAGGUGGCAGUUCUUUCAAAACCAGAGAAGAACGUCAACGUGGUUAGCGGUGCAAUAACUUGUGCAUCGUACAGUUCUAACCAAUCUAGUCAAGUUAAUUUACUAGAUCUACCUUAUGAAGUGCUAGAAAAAAUAUUAUCUUACACUUCUUUUAAACAGAUAUCGCAACUCAGAGCGGUGUCUCGACAACUUAAUAUAAUAUGUAGUACUAUACUGAACUCGACUUUCCAGCGUCUACAAAAUCAAAUGUUGCACAGGUUUCAAAUAAUCAAAGCAAAAAUGCCUCGCCGUGAAUCUGCAAGACGGCAACAUCCUUUAGCGUGUGAAUCCGAUAUUGUAGAAACCCUUCACAUGAGGUUGAUUCUGUUACGUAUGGCAUUCGGAAAGCACAUAGAAAGAAAGCAUUUGUGUUUUUUUGCCGGAGAAAUAUUGGAUGAAGUGUACAAAAUUUUGCAUUAUAUUAAAGUAACUAAAAGCUUAGCAAGGCCAUAUAAAGUGACCGAUGAAUUAUUUGACUUGUCUACCAUGGCCAUGGAAUAUUUCAGGGAAAAAAUUGAGCCAACUCUACCUGAAAUUAGACAUUUUGCAAACGAUUACCAUGAAUUUCCAUCACCUCUACUUAGUCCUUCAAAUAGUAGAACUUUAACUAGCAUGUGUUUAAGAAAACGAAGCUUAAUGAUCAGAGAAGGAUCAGUUUCAAGUCUCGAAAGUAAACGAGCUUCAUCUGAAAGCCCUCAAUGUGGUUCCAUGUUACGAAAAAAUGUCUGUAAAAUUAAGCAAGGAAUGAAAACGUCACAAAGUUGUCACUUAGAAAGGGACUUUUUUGAUCUAAGAAAACAAUUACGCAAAACAACGACUCACGUUGGUAAAUUACAACGAGAAUUGAAACAAUGCAAGUCGCAAAUAGCAGAUCAACACAAGACGUUGGUUGAAUAUUCAAAUAGGAUGGACGAAUACGAUAAGAAAAAUGAAGAAACAAAUAGAAAAUUCAGUACAUUAUUACAAGAACUUAAUAAAUGCAAAACUGAAAUACAAUAUUUACAAUCUGCGUCCUCUUCGUCAGCAAUGUCCGUGUGUUUAACGUGCAACACUACUAGUGAUAUAUCUUUACCAAUGGGGCCACCUAUUUUAAAUUCGACUAGCAAUACAAUGCGCUCUAGGUUGCACAGCCUAGGUGACCAAUCCUUCCAAGACACCAUUGAGGAGCCUUUGGAGCAAGCAGAAUUGUCGAUUGCUGAAGAAGGCAAAAGUACUGACGAACAAGAGCCAUCUACGAGUACUGGUGUAAAACGCAAAAUGGAAAUAGCUGUACCCAAAACAGCAAAACGUGUCAGGACCGUGGUUAAAAAAGUACGAAUCAAUAACAGCAUUAGUUAAAUAUUAACUUAAUAUGAUAUUGAAAAAAAAAAAAAUUAAUCGAAACGAAUCUACCUCGAACAUUCAUA